CCCCCCCCCCAACUAAUUCUCUGCUUGCACGCUUGUUGUGUCCGCGCUCGCGCUGCUUUUUAAUGGCUUGCUAGGGUUGAAAAUCUCUCCCAGUCCCCCAAAUCCUGCUAAUUAUCACCAAAUCAUUCUUCCAGGCACACAUUAAUGGCAGUGUGUUGCCGGAAAUGAGCGUUUUGUAGCGUUGUGUCAUGUAUAUCCUGUGAGCGCGAGCGCUGAUGCUAGCCGCUGGGAUAUUAUUGUUAUUGUUGUUGAUGUUGUUGUUGAUGUUGUUAGCUAGCAGCCAGGUUGCUCACUCGGCUAGCUAAUUAUGGAUUCCUGCCUGGCUAGCUAGGGUUUAUAUACGCGCUCUUUUUUUAAAUGUUUAUUUAUUUUAUUUUAUUUUUUGUCUUUUGCAUUGGGCAGGUUUGUAAUUUUAGGGAGUUAAGUCGAGGAAGGCUUUUUAUUUGUUAACUCAGGAUGAGUAGGAAACAUCAGCAUUACAAAGGAGCUGAAGUGAGCUGCUGCGUCAAAUAUUUCCUCUUCGGCUUCAACAUUAUAUUUUGGUUGCUGGGAGCAGCGUUCCUGGCUAUCGGACUGUGGGCAUGGGCUGAAAAGGGCGUGUUGUCGAACCUGUCGUCCAUCACGGAUCUGGGCGGCUUUGACCCCGUGUGGCUCUUCAUCGUCGUCGGAGGGGUGAUGUUCGUCCUCGGCUUCGCCGGCUGCAUCGGAGCGCUGAGAGAAAACACCUUCCUGCUCAAAUUCUUCUCGGUGUUCUUAGGGCUGAUCUUCUUCCUGGAGCUCACUGCUGGAAUCCUGGCCUUCGUCUUCAAAGACUGGAUCAAAGACCAGCUGAACUUCUUCAUCAACAACAACAUCAAAGCGUACCGCGACGACAUCGACCUGCAGAACCUCAUCGAUUUCGCCCAGGAAUACUGGUUAUGCUGCGGUGCCCAUGGGCCGGACAACUGGAACCAGAACAUCUACUUCAACUGCACGGAGCUGAACCCGAGCCGAGAACGCUGCGGCGUUCCCUUCUCCUGCUGCAUCAAAGACCCGGCUGAAGAUGUUCUGAACACCCAGUGUGGAUAUGACGUGCGGCUUGAAGCAGAACUAGAUCGACAGAAGUACAUCUACACCAAGGGGUGCGUGGGGCAGUUUGAAAAGUGGCUGCAGGACAAUUUGAUCAUCGUCGCCGGCAUCUUCGUCGGUAUCGCACUUCUACAAAUCUUCGGCAUCUGCCUCGCCCAGAAUCUGGUGAGUGACAUCAAAGCGGUCAAAGCCAACUGGUGACGCCGGGCCGUGGACGGAGAGAGCGGAGAUUCAUGUUCUCACGUUCUCACGGAGCUUUACACGCACACUGACGUUCCAAAUGAACCGACUCUCCAAGUUGUUAUAUUUCUUUUCUUUUUUUCUUUCUUUUUCCUCUUCCCUGUUCUUAAUGCGGAGGAGGGCGGAGCCUUUCUAUGCAUGUGGGUUCCUGUGGAAAACUUUCUGGCUCCUAUGCACUUGCGGACUAUUAGAACAACGUCGAAGCUCAGACGGAGAGAAACGGAUGUGUACAGAGCCUUACCGCGACGCACACCGUGUGGACGAGGGAGUACACGUCGCAGAGCCGUCCAGCCAGGCGACAUGCGACGCGGCUUCCUUUCUUUCAACCACUACAGUCAGAGAGUCACGGAGGACCUUUUAUAAAGCCGCGUGAGAUUCUACGUUAAUAUCCGGCUUCCGUGUCUCUUUAAAAAAAAAAAAAAAAGAUACAUAUAUAUAUAUAUUUUUUUUGUAUGUAAAUUUUUUUUUUUGUUCAGCUAGAAUAUAAUAGUGAUAUGCUAACAUUAAACAGAUCCUGUUACAGUAUGAACGAUGCUGCUUUAACUCGUAGAGGACUAUAAACCGCUAUACUAACCGAGUAAUAUUUGACCUUUUUAAACCGAGAGGGAGAGUCCACUUGAAAUCCAUUUCAAGAGCCAACCACUAUGCCAUCCUUCACCUCCAGCACGUUUAUCCUUCUACACGACGCCCUGCUUACACACGCACAACUUGACAUCCUUCCACAUAACCACAUGCACACGACGGGCUUCAUUUCUCCAUCUUUAGUAAUCCAAGUCGAACUGAACCGAACAUUCCCUGCCGGAUUUAUACAGGUUUCAAUCGCGCUCGCGCUCGUCUGCGCCGGUCGAUACCGCUCGGACGUGAUUUACCCAGCCUGUUCGUGGCGUACACGAUUAACAUUUAGCCACACCCAUAAAACUCCGUAAAAGGAAGGUAAAAGAAGAGCGCCUCAUAAAAUCUUACACCAGUGUAGCUCGGCCAUCGCGGCGCCUCAGCGACUACACGCCACUAUAAACGACUCCUCCUUUUAUAAGGCGCCAUUACUUUUCUCUCUCUUUGUUUUUUUUUUUUUAUUUCUUUUUAAAUUGAUUUUCACUUAUUUACAAGCAGUGCAUUUAUUCAGAUCAUCACUACAAAAUAACCGAGUUUCACUGCGUUUAAAUAAAUAAAUAAAUAAAUAAAAGUGCGUUACUGAAAUAAAUACGAGAGUUAAGCUCGACUGCGUGACCCGUAAAGAAAACGGCGGUGACUCGUGGCUAUUUCACGAAACCGCUCACAAAAGCGACCUCCGAGUCUGUUGUUCCGUAAGUGAGUGCUCUCCUCCCUGCCUCAGAGACUCCGUACACGUUUGUUUUUAAGCAGCAGGCACUUUCAUACACAUCAGGGAUCAGUUUUUUGCUUUCUGCACAGUUCAUCCAGUAUUUCUUAGUCGAGAGCAUUUUUUACAGAGCAAGUCCUCCGGAUUUAGCGCACCACUAUGAUGUGGAUGAUGUGACGAUGAUGAUGAUGAUGCCGUCCAUACCCAGGCGUUCAAGAGAGCAGAAUUGUCCACGUGAGGCGCAUACUCUCUCCCUUGUCAAUCACCGUGACACUAGCCAAUCCUGGGCAUGUGUCAGUUCAUGUAUGCGGAAGAAGGUAGAUAGCACUUUCCUAAGAGUGCCCGUCCUCCACCUAUACACCCCCCCCCCUCCCCGUCCCCCACCCCCACCCCACCCCAAAAGAAAAAAAACCCAAGACCAAAACAAUUUGUAGUAAUGCGAGUAGGAAGACGUGUUAUUUUCCGCAGUAUAAUCAGUGUAUAUUUUAUAUUUAUACAUUUGAUUAUUACACACACAUAUAGCCUUAACAUGGACGUGUUUUUUUUUUGUUUUGUUUUUUUGCCUGCCAGGAUUUUCCUAGCAACGUCGGCACGUCUGUAAGUAUUCCCGAGGAACGUUUACCAGCGUUCUUCAACCUGUAAUAAGCAUUUACCGUCUCAUAAGAUCGUACACCGUGCCACGCCGCGUGUCUGGAGUCGAUCGCGUGAUGAUUUAACGCCAGGCGCUUAUCGAAUGCUAAACCGGAGGCCGUUAAUAUUACGAUUUUUACUUUAACCUCAAAAAAACCCCGUAAGAAACGAACUUAAGACUCCAAACUCCGAGUACGUUUGGGAUAAAGGAACUUGUCUGUUUUUUUUUUAAUCCUUUAAUGCCAUGUAAGUCUGCACACUUGUCUAGACAUUGGUAUGUAGGGACCAUGUAUACUGUACACACUCGUACACACACGUAUCUGCUUUCUAGCCUCCAUAAAGCACUGCAGGAGAGUGUGUGUAGAUAUACACACGUAUACGCUCAGGCAUCUCAUUUCCGGAGACGUAGAGGCGUCGCACAGCAGGGAAGGGUGUGUUGUAGGAGUUUUAUUAAACAUGGCUGCAUGCCGGUAGCGUCGCUGAGUGAGGUGAACGCCGUGCAUGCGCUUAUUAUUAUUAUUAUUAUUAUUUAAACCGCUCACGUCAGACGGCGUACACACGGAGCGCGGCGUCCGGCGUAUCUCGAGUUCUCAGUGUUCUGUCCGUCGGAGAGGCGGAGACUUUUUACGCGCGCGCACACAAAGCCAGCGCGGUUAAUUCAGACACGUGCUCAUUCCUGUUUUGUUUGCGGAAAAGUGGCCUUUCUCUUUUUUUUUUUUUUUUUUUUCUUUUCUUUCCGAGUCGUAUCAUUCCCCACCUGGAAACCCGUGCGUCACGAAUGCACCGCGUUUCCACGCCAAACAAAGCGCGCGUGAAUUUCUCGCGAAACGUCAAACGUGUCGCGUCUCGAUCACAUUCCGUUAAUCAUACCUCAUUAUAGCUGUGUGUAGAUAUUCACACUAGAGCCCCAGAGAGGUGACAGAGUUCACAACAUUAAAGCUACAUUCCAUAUGUUCUGUAAGUAAGUGCCCCCCUCCCCUCAUAGACUCCUUACACGUUUGAAUUUAAGCAACAGGCACUUUCAUACAGAUCAGGGAUCAAAUGUUUUGUUUUCUGCACGGUUCAUCCUGUAUUUCUCAACAGAGAGCAUUUGGGUUUUUUUUUUUUACAUUUCAUGCUUAAAGAUUUUAAAGCUCCACUGAUUUUUUUAUUUAUUUAUUUUUUCCUUUCCCCUUUGUUUACAUACCUGGCCUGGAGGCGAAAAACAGUUUUCCUCGUCUGGCGUUAGGUCCAGACUCCGGAUUUAGCGCACCGCGUUAUAAAUAGGAAAUAAAUAAAUGAAUAAAUAAUGUGGCGUAUGUGAGGAUGUAUGUGUCGGCUGCCGUUAAGAGAAUAUAUUCGGCGAUAUUUCCCAUAUCGAGGAAAAAAAAAAACCGAGCGCUACUUCUUUAUGGCCCUGUUUCCUGGUCCUGUGUGAGCUGUCGCUAUAAAAACGGUAACGUAUCGAAAUGAGCACGUUAAUAUAAACUACCGUCAGAGCUGCCGUGUUAGGAAACUAAUCAACACCCUCUGACCAAUCAGAACCCAGGAUUCAACAGAAAAGUACCGUCCUUAAUUCAAACCGGAUCAAGACUCGUCCCCGCCCUGGAUUCUGACGGGAGCGCCGAUACUUAUAUCGAGCUAGCGGUGGAUGUAAAGCAGAACUUUUCCAUCGCAUGAACCUGUGACCGAUCAGUGCCUGGAGUCUAGCACUUCCUCGGCCGUGUAGUUAUACCGGUGACUUCCCUUUCCCAUAAACGCUUCCUCAGCUAGUAAACUAGCUUUGGGGGGAAAAAUCAGCUAGCGAACGUCGAUAACGGUUUUCCGCAAGGCACUUAAUAAUACAUGCAGUCUCAAAUCUUUUCAAGCACUUCUACGCAGAAAGGAGCACGGUCCAUUUUUCAUUCUAGCUGCAUUUAAACAUCAUAAUAAUAAUAAUAAUAAUAAUAAUAAUAAUAGAAAACACAACGUGAAUUUAUGGACCAAAAUGUCUGCCAAGUGGCUUCAUGGCUCUGUUUACUGAAAUCUGGGGCUCUAAUAUGUCUAUUUAUCGGGUUUCGACGAGAAUUUUUCCCAUCGAAGUGUUUUCACUGGUCUGUUUAAAAAAAAAAAAAAAAAGAAAUCUUAAACGGCUCCGCACGGAUUCUCUCGAGCUUUAAUCUGUAAAGGAAUCGGUUGGGAAAAGAAAAGAAGUCGGAAGUCAAAAGAAGAAUUUUUUUUUUUAACGACAUGUCCGGCGUCUGAAAACGCGCUCGUUUUUUCGUCUGAAGUCGCGACGCUAAGACAAAAUGGAAGUCUGGAUUCUCUGGUAUGACUCCGCCCCGUUGUAGGCCCCGCCUCCCAGAGUUUUGAAGCUAAGUUGUAGCAGAAAAGUCACGGUUGUACUAUGAGCUCAUAUUUGUAAAAUACAUGACUGUUUAAAAAAAAAAAAAAAAAAGUUUUAAAACAUGAUUGCGGUGUAUAAAUGGUGGCAAGGGUUUCUCGAAAUAUUUGACAACCAGCUGUAGAAAUAAAUAAACAAACAAACAAAAAAAUUAACGUUAGGCUCGUUAUCUUAGUGUACAAUAUUUUUCUUUUUUUUUUUUUUUUUUUUUGCUAUUUAACGGUCUUCCUGAACCUUUUUGAUUUAAGUGACCAAUCAAACAACAACAAUAACUUAAUAAUAAAUAUAACUCCCCCACCACCACCGUAACAAACAAUAAAUAAAUAAAUAAAUAAACCCCAGCCCCCCUGGUUCUGCUUUGCAGCCUCCAUUUUGAGAACCACUGAUUUAAAGCUUGUACGCGAGAUUUGGACCUUCUCCGCUGAAACGGACGUCUGUUACUUGUUGGCUACAUCGAAGUCAAAGCCGAAGAAGAACACGUCUUGGUCGAUGGAUUGCGUUUGGGACGCAAAGCUCUACGUUCGAUUACUCGGCCGGAAUAUUCAUUCAAGACGCCGCCAUCGCGAUCCCAUCAUCACACGAACCGAGGAAGCUCCCGUCUCUUACCGUAUUUUUCUUCAUCCGAGCCAGACUAAUAAUGUAAAUUCGGGGUAGAACACGUUUUUAAUCGAUAAGAGGCGGUGUCUUGCAUAAGUAUUCGCCCCCGUGAACUUUUUCACGGCCUUCGUUCGGGAUUAAUUACAGCGAAUCUACACAAAAUAGCCCGUUAUGCCGAUAUAUAUAUAAAUAUCAGCACAGGUUAGACAAUUACAAUAUAUACAAUACGAAUUAAAAAAACUACUCCAUUUUUUUGGUUUAACUUUGAGAUUGCAUAAGUAUUCACCCCCUCCCUCCCCUCCCCGUUGCCGUGGUUUAAACGACUUUUGUGACUUCGGACGGAAACUAACGUAAUGGUUCACAACAACAAGGGGAGGGUGAAUACUUUUGCAACGACACAUUUUUGUCUUUCUAUUACGUGUAGAUCCACGACGUUCAGUCCUGCUGAAGUCCAUUUCAGUUCCGCGGGGGGUGAAUACUUACGCACGGUGCUGUAAAUACAGGCUUUGUUUCGAUCCAGCCGUAGAGAUUCUUAUGUUAAAGCAUUUAGCCAGCUUUAUAGUAGCGUCCUGCACUCUUGACACUAGUUUGCGUGAUCCGAUACGGUCAUGCCUUGGUUGGUGGGAGGGAAACUGUCGCGCUCGCUCUCACUUACCAUCAAAGAAGAACUGAAAUCGUUGUUGAAAUGAUCCUAUCCAUGCCUCUGGUUUGAGAAGAGGUCUUUGUGUAUUAUUUUUUAUUUUAAAACGUGCGUUUAUUGACUUGAUUGUGGGACAUGGUCUGUUACACUGUAUGUUAUAUAUAAAAUAUGCUCCUUUUUCAUAUUCAAUAAAAGGAUUUAUGACCUUGUA